AUGUUGACCAUACGACGGCCCUCGCUGCUCAGCCGAGCUGUCUCCACGCCGCCUCAGACACCGACCUCUCCUCACCACGAGCCCAUGCUCACCAAGGGAGACGCAGAUAUCAACAUCUUGACACCCCCUCUGUCGCCACGUCAAUCGAGGUCUUCUUCAGACAUUCCCAAUCUUGUUGAGACUAUGGCCUCACCAAUGGAUCAGCUGGUUCCGGAUGGAUUCCGAUCCCCCCCGGAUUCCGCGAAACACCAAGACGAGGUCAAUCUCGACAAGUCUGCAAUUGGCGUCCUCAUCUGUCCAUUCGACACCGAACUUGUCUCUGAUGACCGAGGCCACAACCAAAUGUUCGGCAGUGGAGCUUGGAGUAAUGUAUUCAAGGCAGCAGCAGUCGAAUCAGCAGCUCGAGCCAAUCCAAUGGGAGUGCUUACACCACCAGCCUCACCCGUCUUCUCGAUACCGGUCCUCGUUGCAGUAAAGAAGCCCGCCCGAGCCGACGCCAAGCCUAUACUGCGCAAUGAGGCCGCCAUCCUUUCACAUCUCAACCACCUGGAAAGCAGUAGAGGCCAUGUUGUUCCAUUCUACGGGAUCAUCGAGUCAGAUUCGUCCCUCGUUCUAGGAGCAAUACCUCUAUCCCUCGAGGAUCAUAUCCGCCGAUCAGCCCUUGUUGCGACCCAGACGCUCACCACGACCAAUAUGUCUCGGCCGGUUAUUGGAUCAACAAACACUUGGCUGGACUUGACAUGCCGCUUGACAUCCGCCCUCAACUGGCUGCAUGAGCGAGCCGAUGUUGUACACGGAGAUAUCAAACCGAGUAACUUCCUUCUUGAGCCAUGCGGCACCCUCGGUGACGAUGAGUUUCCUUUCCGGCCAUUAUUCAUCGACUUCUCGUCCUCUCACCGCGCCACUUCUUCAGAUGACGAAAUCCCGCCUGGUACUCUCUCUGCUGUCACCAGGGAGUACACUGCACCGGAACUCCUCAAGUCUUCCGUUCUUCGGGACCCGAAAUUAACAGCUACAAAAGCGUCCGACGUGUUCUCGAUGGCGAUAACGCUCCUAGUAGCAGCCACAGGCAAUACCAUGGUCUACGAUGGCCCAGUAUUUCGACGACAAGCCAUGGCUACACAAGGAUGGCAAGUCAUUGGCUUUGUGAGAAGUGGCGCAAGUGGCUCCCGCGUUCCCAGGCAGGGAGUCGUGGAGCGAGCCCUCGACAGAGCGGUACUGAAGCACGAUAUGGGGAGGAUUACAGCGCCAGACUGGUUACGGCAGAUUGAAGAGAUGCAAAAGGGCGAACCGACGAAAUCUUUUUGA